AGAAGGCCACGGCGCACACAUACUGGUACAAUCGAGCAGCGGACGAGUAUAUAGGCCGUACAUAGGCAGCUCGUGAGAUACACACCCGGAGGAGAGUCGGAAGCCAGGAUGACGGAUGUGCCGGAGCCCGUGCGCAAGUGCGCCAACCUGUUGAAGGCCACCAAGAGUGACACUGAAAAAUUCGCGGCCCUGUUUAUGGUCACCAAGCUGGUGAAGGGCAAGGACUGCAAUGCGGCGGGCAAGAAGCUGCUCUUCGAGACCAUUGGCUUUCCCUUCCUGAAGAAGCUGCUGGUCUCCAAGGAUCUGCCCAACGAUUGUCCGCCGCUGGUUUACAAGAGCGUGGCCCUGUCGAUCCUCACCUGCUUCUGCCAGGAGGAGGAGCUGGCCACCCACAAGGACAUCAUCGACGCCAUACCCACUCUGCUGGAGAUCGUCGAGCAGGCCGACGACGAGGACUACGAGGAUAAUCUGAUUGUGGUCAGCGAGGCGUACAGUUGCCUCAAGAGCAUAGCCAGCCAUGAACCGGGACAGCAGGCGCUCCUGGCCACCGGUGCCAUCCCCAAGAUGUCCCAGAUCUACUCCGCCCAGAGUUUCCAGACCGACGAGGCCCUGCACCUGAUCGUUCUGCUCGUGAAGCAGUUUGGCGUACUCUCCUGGCCCGAGGAUCCCACUGCUUUCCACGCCCUGAUCCAGAGGAUUGCCCUGGACAUGGAGACCGAUGACACGGAAAGGAAGUACGAGCUCUGCCGGAUUCUGGCUGAUAUCCUCAUCACCUGCCGGCGUGAGAUCGUAAUCAACUCGCUGGAGGGACAAAUCUGGCCCGAGAGCUUGUUCAAGGGCUGUGGCGACAUCCUGAAGGCCAAGAUCGGGCCCAAGCAAAGGGAUCCCGCUCUGCAUCUGAUAGCCACCACACUGCAGGUGCUGGGCAUCCAGUGGGCCUUCAUGGACGAGCAGAAGACAUUCUUCCUGCAGCUCCUCCAGCUGGGAGCCAUCGAGGUGCGCAUGCAAAUGGAUGAGAAGAAACUGGAGACCACCUUCAAGCAGGCGGAUCUGCUCAGCUGCUGCUUCUCCAUCCUGGAGGCCUGCAUCGAGUACAUGGCCACGGAUCAACUGGAUCUGGAGCCCAAGGAGAAGCAGACCACCUACACGGCCCUCAAGGGCGCCUUCAACCAGGUUCUGGCUGUUUUGACCAGAGUUAGCCAGGACAAGAUCAGGGAGAGCACCAAUCCCAGGGAUAAGAAGUUUGUGUUCGCCAUCGUGAAGGUUCUGUCCGCCUGGUUGGCCCAGGAGACGACGGCCAUGAGACCGGCCAUCUACAAGCUGCUGCCCUUCAUGCUCAAGGUGGCCAACGAGAGUUUCCAGGAGCUGAAGACCUGGAGAGCCGGUACCCGGGAGGGCGAAGCACCCAUCGACGUGCUGAGGAUCAUGCUGCCCGCUCUGUGCCACUUUGCGGUGGAGGAGGAGGCCAGAAGGGUUCUCUUCACCCACAAGCAGGAUGAGGUGCUCCUGGAGAGCCUGGAGUUCUACUUCAGCAUUGCCCACUGGAAGAGGCCGCCAAUCCCACGAGCCGAGCGCCUGAAGAGGAUGAACGAGCCCGAUCCGGUGCCGACUCCCGAGCAGCAGGCGGAGAUGAAGGUGGCCAGGAGUGCCAUUGUCGCCCUCUGCAACAUCCUGAUGAACUUCACCGUUCUGGAGCCCAAGAAGGCCGAGGACGGAGCCACCUUUGCCAAUCUGCUGAAGUUCGUGGUGGAGAAUCUGCCCGAGCUGAAGGACACGCCCGACAACCUGGUGAUCCACGGCAACCUGGCAGUCCUGGGCCUGUUGCUGCUGAAGCAGCAGUCCAAGAAGGUGAAGCAGAACGACUUCUCCAUCUGCCGCUACAUCCAGGCCACCAUCCGCUUCCUGUGGGAUGCGUACAACAUCGACGAGAGCAACGACCCCACCGCCCUGGUGGUCUCCAUCGCCUACAAGGGCUUCUGGUCGGAUCUGUCCGAGCUGUGGUUCCUGGGCAUGCAGACCAUGUGCGGCGUCCUGCCGCUGGUGCCCUGGCUCUCCGAGUUCGCCCUGGAAUCGGGCUGGGCCGAGGGUAUUGUGAAGACCCUCAAGAAGGUCAAGAUCGGCACCCUGCCGGCCAACGUGAAGUCCGCGUACGAGGACUUCCUGUCCCAACUGGUGGACGUCAACGGGGAUGUGCAGGCCGUGCUCAAGAAGGCCGAUGCCCUGCGGGUCUGCCGCAACCACCGGAUGAUGGAUCUGGGCAAGAAGCUCUUCGGCGACUAAGCCAAAACAACACUCUCCUUCUCUCUAGAGGCAUUUUUUGUGUGUGAUCUGUGGACAGGCGAAAAAUGGGAAAUAUUUUGUAUGGAUUUUAUUCUAUUUUAUAUGCUCUAUUUUAAUGACUAAAUACCUAAAUUUAUAAAAAAAAAUAAAUAAAACCAAUUUUAAAAACA